CUGUGCAAAGUUUAUUUUCUGGUCAAUCGUUUCGGAUAUUUUCGGCUAUAAACAUCUUGAAAUAAGAAGGCGCUUUAACUUAUAAAGCUAGUCGUUAGAUCAGUUUGGAAAAAAAAAACUUAUUGAUUAAUCAUGAAAAAAUUUGGGCCAUGGAUUACCAAUUUUUUCAUUAUCAUCGCUGCCAGUUUAUUAACUAAUAAUGUUGCAGUUGCAAAAAAGUCUGGUGUCAAGGCCGUGAUUCUUUACACUUAUGAUGAUGCAACAGUUGGCUCGAAUGUUGUGUCAAUGGAGGUUGACAAAAAUACUUUUAUGAGUGUCAUCAAAGAUUCUCAAUUUACCUCAAGAGCUGCACAACCGUUAAAAUUUAGAGAUGACAACGGAUUUUUUGCGCUUCUUGAUGGCGAUAGCUCGUCAUUCUCUUUUGCUACUGCUAAUGGAAUGGCUGAUUGUGAUUGCAAAUGCGUGAAGAAAGUAAUAACAACGCCUCGUACUAUUAUAACAACACCUCGACCAACACCUCCACCAUUAAAACCGGAUUGUCCAAAUGGUGGAAUUGGAAGAUAUUGCUGCAAGAACGGAGCCAACAAUCCCGACUGUUGCGCGAACGGAGGCAGAGGUCCAUACUGUUGCACAAAUGGUGAAAACACUCCUGGAUGCACAACCCCGCGACCUGUCAUAACAACACGAACAACUCCACCAUCAAAACCGGAUUGUCCAAAUGGUGGAAUUGGAAGAUAUUGCUGCAAGAACGGUGCAAAUAAUCCCGACUGCUGUGCAAACGGAGGCAGAGGCCAAUAUUGUUGCACUAAUGGAGCUAACAAUCCCGACUGCUGUGCUAAUGGAGGCAGAGGUCCAUACUGCUGCGCAAAUGGUGAAAACACUCCUGGAUGCACAACCCCGCGACCUCCAACCUCAACUGCAUCUGUACGCAUUUUUUCAUCUUCUUCAACUCCGGCACCAACAUAUUUACCACCUUCAACCACUCCUAGACCAACUCCUUCACUUAGAACAGUUCCACCCACACCCUCAACGCCCAAACCUAUAGUUCCGUGCCCAUCAGGUGGAAGAGGUCAAUAUUGCUGCGCCAAUGGAGCGAAUAAUCCUGACUGCUGUGCUAAUGGAGGAAAAGGUCAAUAUUGUUGCACUAAUGGAGCUAACAACCCUGACUGCUGCUCUAACGGAGGCAGAGGCAAAUAUUGCUGUGAAAAUGGAGCCAGCAACCCCGAUUGCUGUGUUAACGGAGGCAGAGGUCCAUACUGUUGCACAAAUGGUGAAAACACUCCUGGAUGCACAACACCGCGACCUGUCAUAACAACACGAACAACUCCACCAUCAAAACCGGAUUGUCCAAAUGGUGGAAUAGGAAAAUAUUGCUGCAAGAACGGUGCAAAUAAUCCCGACUGCUGUGCAAACGGAGGCAGAGGCCAAUAUUGUUGCACUAAUGGAGCUAACAAUCCCGAUUGUUGUGCUAACGGAGGCAGAGGGCCAUAUUGCUGCCCCAAUGGAGCGAACAACCCUGAUUGCUGCACUAAUGGAGGCAGAGGCCAAUAUUGCUGUCCAAAUGGAGAAAAUAUCCCUGGAUGUGUCACCACAACACCUCGUACUGUUGUAACACCACCAAAACCGGAAUGUCCAAAUGGUGGAAGAGGAAAGUAUUGUUGCAAGAAUGGAGCUAACAACCCAGACUGUUGUGAAAAUGGAGGCAGAGGAAAAUAUUGCUGCGCUAAUGGAGAAAAUAAUCCAAAAUGUUUACCCCCUACCAAAAAGCCAUUCACAGGGCCAACGUAUAUACCACUGGCAACUGUAAAAACCACUCGUGGUCCAACAACUACUGAAAAGUACACUUAUGGAACACCCCCAACGUGGACAUAUCGUUUCAAUUGGACAUACGCUCCAUGGUCAUAUGAGCCGAAAACCAGAACCUACACUUACACGACAACAACGACUCCUAAAUACUCUUACACGGGAGAAAAUGCCAUUAGAUACGAUGGCGAAUGAGAUGAAUAAGACCUAAUUUAGAUGCAUUAGGCUUAAAGUUACGAAAUGUACAAUGAUAUUAUUUCCUGCCUUAAUCACUGUCUAGCUGUAUUGAAACAUUUAUUAAUACUUUAUUAAUAAAGUUUAAACUGAGAUUUUCUAAUUUAAAUAUCAGAUUGCAUGAUGCAACCUUGUCAACGACGACUAAAUGUCGAGAAAUGUGAGAAAAAAAAUUGCAUGUUAUUAAUUUUUCUAGAUAAUCUACAAUAAAUUGUUUCAAUGAUUUAAGAACAAUACAUUAAUUUAUUGGAAUCAAAACUUCUUUCUUUUUAUUUUGUAUCUUCCUCUUUUUUAUUUCAUUUUUAUGACUUUCGUGACGAAGCCAUUCUUGCAUAAAAAUCGCUUUUUUACGCAAAAUUCAUAUACAUCAAUAAAAAUAACAGGAUGAUGAUCAAAUGAUAAUUAAACAUCGGUAACAGUUCAUUUCUCCUUCUUGUUUCUUUACUUCUUUAGAAUAUUUAUAAAGAAAACUUCAAGUUUACAUUUCUUUUCAUUCUGAAAGAAUAUUUCUUUAAGUAAGAAACUCUUUGGUGACAGUCUCGAUUUAAUUUCUUUUGAAAUGAAACUUUGUAAAAUAAAUUUCAUUUUGAUUUGUAUGUUUUUGAUUUUUCUUACAAACAUUCAAUGUGCGAGUGAGUAAAUAUUAAAAUAUUAAAAAGUUUCAAAUUUAUUAAAAUGAUGUUUAAUUUAUGUGAGGUUUGAAAAAUGUUUUGUAUUCUGCACCGAAAUAUUUACCACCGGCAAGCACUUCUGCACCUUUACGUCCAAUAAUAAGUAA